AUGGCUCCUCCGGCAGGAAGUGCGGCCGUAGCUGCCCCACUGGAGUCACAAAACACCGCUGAUGAACAAUCAUUGAGAAAUUACUUCAAGACGAAAAUUGAUGAGGCUCAGCAGAAAGUGUUAGAGAAGAACCAGAAUGUUUUACGUCUUCAAGCACAGCGUAAUGAGCUGAACUCCAAGGUUCGUAUGCUCAAGGAAGAACUACAGCAACUUCACGAGCAAGGAAGCUACGUUGGAGAGGUGAGCAAAGCUAUGGACAAGAAGAAAGUUUUAGUCAAGGUGCACCCCGAAGGAAAGUAUGUGGUAGAUGUGGAUAAGGGAAUCGAAGUUGCUACUAUCAACGCUGGUUGCCGCGUUGCACUCCGCGCUGACAGUUAUGCUCUUCACAAAAUCUUGCCAAACAAGGUCGAUCCUCUUGUUUCACUUAUGAUGGUAGAGAAAGUGCCAGAUUCGACUUAUGAGAUGAUUGGAGGUCUGGAUAAGCAGAUCAAAGAAAUUAAAGAAGUGAUAGAGCUACCAGUGAAGCACCCCGAAUUGUUUGAAGCUCUUGGAAUCGCUCAACCAAAGGGUGUCCUGUUGUACGGACCUCCAGGAACUGGAAAAACUCUACUCGCUAGAGCGGUAGCCCACCAUACUGAAUGUACAUUCAUUCGGGUGUCAGGUUCAGAACUUGUACAGAAAUUCAUCGGCGAAGGAGCAAGAAUGGUGCGCGAGUUGUUUGUGAUGGCUAGAGAACAUGCUCCUUCGAUUAUUUUCAUGGACGAGAUCGAUUCCAUUGGAUCAAGUCGUGUUGAAGGAUCUAGCGGUGGUGAUUCGGAGGUACAGAGAACUAUGCUUGAACUGUUGAAUCAGCUAGACGGCUUUGAAGCGACCAAGAAUAUAAAGGUUAUUAUGGCAACCAAUAGGAUCGAUAUUCUGGAUCCUGCUCUUCUUCGCCCGGGUAGAAUUGAUAGAAAGAUAGAAUUCCCUGCUCCUGACGAAAAAGCCCGAGCUGACAUCCUCAAGAUUCACUCUCGUAAGAUGAAUCUGAUGCGGGGAAUUAAUAUGAGAAAAAUAGCCGAAGCAAUCCCCGGGGCUAGUGGAGCUGAAGUGAAGGCAGUUUGUACGGAAGCUGGCAUGUUUGCUCUUCGUGAGCGACGUAUCCAUGUAACUCAGGAAGAUUUCGAAAUGGCUGUUGGAAAGGUGAUGCAGAAAGAUUCUGAGAAAAACAUGUCGAUAAAGAAAGAUCCAAAAAUUUUGAACUAUUCGCCGAUGAGCAGUAAGGGAUCGAAGGACUCAUCUCCAACGUCUGAAAAUGUCACACUGCGGCUUAUCCUUGUGAGCGGUAGAACGCACGAAUUCCAAUUCCAUCCGCUCACACCGGCGCACGAAGUCACACAAAAAGUCUUCGAACAGUGGCCGAAAGAAUGGGCUGAUGAAAAAGUGGAGUCAGCAUCGAUGCUGAAGCUUAUUUAUCAUGGACGGUUUCUACACGGUUCCGUCACUCUCAACGCAUUAAAUUUACCACAAGGGAAGACCACCGUAAUGCAUCUUGUAACACGAGAAAAUUUACCAGAACCAAAUUCUAAUGACUCGCUUUCAAAACGAAAACGUGGUGGCUGUUGUCGAUGUGUGUUAUCGUAG